UUACGAUCUGUGCAUGAACAUUUCUUUAGCCAGUGCAAGUGUGUAAACGGACCUUUCAGAGACAGCUGUUGUCGGCCGUGGCGCACCAUUUUUCAUCUCUAACAAUAUGGCAUCGAACACAACCCUUUGAUGCUGACCCCGCAAAAAUACAUCCAGGCUACAUAGCUUAAGACGCAAGACUUACGUGAAAAAAAUGCGAAAGACUAAAUUCCGAUUUCGUGUGUGUCUAUUCUACAGUUAGCACAAACAGUGGAUUAGCCUCUUGACUACAAACUAACAUCCUUUUGGAGAGUUUCUUUGCAGAAACGUGGGACCUAACACACCAAGUUCCAUUGUUGAUGUUUGAACAUCAUCGAAUUGCUCCAAUUGUCUGAGCCUGCGCAAACAUGGUGAACGUGCCACCGCUGGAGCUGUGACGUAUUCUACGACAGCACGUACGCUUUCUUCAGCUGGGUGAGACGCACACAGUAAUAAUGUUCGAAGUGGGGGAGAGAGAGAAAGGACGAUCAAGGAAUUCAAGAAGAGACGAACAUUGUCCACAUUGAAACAUUUCAAUUGGCAAAAGGAUGUUGAUCUAUCAAAGACACAGUCCGAGGUAGAAGGGUCUUGAAGCCCUCCCGAUGUCCUUCAUAAUCUCAUGGCCGAAAAGAAGCAGACAGUAAUGGUGCUUCGAGAGGACGGGGCCACUGCCCCGGCUGUGGCCCCAACUACCGCUGCUACGUCAUCAUUUUUUGUAGACCUUAAGCCAGGGCAGACUAUUGAAGGUGGCAAGGACCAGGGAGCUCUUGAUGCUAAUGGAGAAGCUAAUGUUGCUAUGAAACCAUCUCUAGCAUUGGUUGCAGCAAGUCCUUAUGCAGUCACCUCCACAUUAUCCUCAGACACAAACUCCAGCCACCAUCCAGAGAAUCUACCCGCAGAGGCCACAUCCAAGGGCAUCACAGUCACUCUGGAUAACAACAACAUGUGGAAUGAGUUCUUCCGCUGUAAGACGGAGAUGAUUCUAACCAAGCAAGGUAGACGGAUGUUUCCGUCUUGCCGCUAUCGGGUUUCUGGGAUGGAGCCCUUCCAGAGUUACCUCCUGAUCAUGGAUAUUACUCCCAUGGACAACCAUCGCUAUAAAUGGAGUGACCAUCGCUGGGAGCCGAAUGGAAAAUCAGAGGCUCACGUCUCAGGAAGGGUCUUCAUCCACCCGGAGUCCCCUGCUUCUGGUCACUACUGGAUGCAGAGUCCUGUGUCAUUUUACAAGCUCAAGCUUACCAAUAAUGUCAUGGACCAAGAGGGGCAUGUCAUAUUGCACUCUAUGCAUCGGUACCUGCCGCGGUUGCACGUGGUUCCUGCUGACAAGCGAACAGAUGUGAUCGACGUAAACGGGCCUGAUGUCAUGACCUUCAGUUUUCCACAAACAGAAUUUUUUGCUGGAACGGCUUAUCAGAACCUGAGUAUCACUCAACUCAAAAUUGAUUAUAACCCUUUUGCAAAGGGUUUUCGGGAAGAUGCUGCCAACGUGCGCAGCCUAAUGCCUAAGCUAGGAGCACCGAGUGUCUCAGUGGAAGGUGAAAAUAAGAAUAAUAAGGAGCUUGGGCCCAUUAAAAACAGUCUCAAAGCUUUGUUUGCCAAGAGGGUCCCUGUUGAAAAAAGCACUAAGGAGCAGGAUCAUCCAGCCACGAAGGAGGGUGAGGUUUACCGCAGAGAUGGUAACACCCAGCUGUCAGGAAUGACCGAGAAGGGUACUGUGAAGCGACGUCCAAGUACUUUGUCCGAGCUGUUUCAAGGGACACCGCUUAAACUGAAAAAGACAUCCCCUGAGACUAGCGGUCCCAAAACUGGCAAUGGCAGUGUGAACCCUGGGGGCAACCUAUCAUCACAAAAAUCAGCGCAAGAAGACGUACAGCCAAUGUCUGUUGUGAAGGAGGAGUUACCUGCAGAUGUGAAAUCCAUGGAGGAUUCUGAACAGACUCCUGAUGUUUCUAAUUCUCUUUGUGUCCAGAAAUCUCAAACACUUAAUUCAGAACCCACAAUUGGUCAAUCUUGUGGCACACAGGAAAAUGGGCAGAAGGUUCCUAGCAUUUCAUCAGAGGAAGGUGCCUCAGGGAUAACGCUCAGCGACUCUGAAGAACAAACCGAGAAUAAAUCGGUGCCACAAAAACGAGCAGGUGCUGUGGCCUUGCCCCUUCUUGCAUUGUUCUUUCAACAGCUCAAAUCAAAACCAAAAUCUGCCAAGAUCACUCCAAAACCUGAUGAUCCAGUAUUCCUUGAGAAGCCCAAAUCAAAACCUAAACCUGUCAAUACCGCCCCAAAACCUGAUGCUGCUGGGUCAACUUGGUUAUCAAAAGGCAAUACCUCACCUUCUACAAGUAUUCGUUUUAUACCUAAUUCCACAAACCCUUCAGAAUCAUGCACUCAAUUGGUUGACACCCAUACCUCAUCAACACUGUCUCCUGUCUCAUCUAAUAAAACUGUUGAAAACAUUGUUCUCAAUGCCCCAUCAGAAUGUUUGACGUCUCCUAAAACCGAUGACAUAGCCGCUAUGAAAACAUUCCCUGAAAUACAAACCUUAUGCAAACCACCGUCACCUGAGACGCGGAAAACACUACUGUCCACUACAGUACCCUCUAAAACUGACACAACGCCUGUUACCAAUGAAGCUAAACCCCAGUCUUUGACUGUAAAUUCAUCUGAAGACAUUGUCAACCAAUCUACAACCCUUGCCACACCAUCUGAAGCUGCUGCUUCUGACUCAGCACCUUGUUCACCAUCAUCCCUAGGCUUUUCACAUGGUAGCCCAGCGCCUUCAUCUGACCAAGAGCCUUCAGAUCCUCCUCCUAACAAACUGGAUAUUACCCAAGCCAGUGAACAAGCGGAGGGCAAUGAAUCGAGCGGUGGAACUGGUGUGGCUUCCCUCGUAAUCAACUCUAGCAACCAGCUGUCUGUGGGGAAAAAGUCCACGGGGAGACGCAAAAAAGGCAGAAAGAUCAAGCAACCUGAUGAGCCACUGUUGGUUGGUGGUCCUACUGAUGUCCGCAUGCAUCCCAACCUUGAAGAUGUGGAAGGUCAAUUGUUUGUCUCCUUCACUUCAAAGGAGGCUCUUGCAAUUCAUCUUGGAGACCAAGCUGAAGAAUCACCCCCAGCACCACAGAUAUUGUCUGAGGUUAUGGAAGAGCAGGUUGAAUCCCCUGAGAGCAUGGCUGAACGAAUCGCUUCAUUGGAGAAGGCCCUCCUUCAAGACUUAAAGGUCAUGAAACACAAACAGGUCAUCCACCCAGUCCUACAGGAAGUUGGACUGAAGUUGAAUAUACUUGAUCAGAUCUUAGCCAUAGAUCUGGUUUAUUUGGGUGUGGAACUGCCUAUUCCCCCUCCCUCUCCAUGUCUUGGUGAAGACUCAGGGGGUGUGUCGUCAUCACAACUCCAUUUUGUUUCAAGGACAGGAAAAACAACAGAUAUCACCAAAAUCAAAGGCUGGAGGAGUAAAUUUGUCACACCAGACCCCAAAGAACCACAGCCUGAAGGUGGUACCAGCGCAGAUGCGUCACUGAAGAACCGGUCAGCCUUCUGCAGUGACAUGCUGGAUGAGUACCUGGCCAGUGAGGGAAAGCUCAUUGAUGAACGUGCUGCCAGUUUCUCCGCAAGCUGCGUCACCCCUGUGGCGUACCAGAUGCCCACCAAAAGCAGCAGUUACGUGCGGACCCUGGACAGUGUCCUGAAGAAGAGGGGUUCCGCACCCACUCCCAAACCAGUCUCACCUGCUGCCCCUGUCUCCUCCAACUCUAUGUCUACCUCCCAAACCAAAAGGUCCAAGGUACCUCCCAAACCUAAAGAGCCCCAAAAGCUGGGCGCAAGCACGGCACGCAGGUCAUCCAGGACAGCCAAGGGAACCCCCACAACCGCACACCCAUCCCCAUCCAUCUCUGAAACUAAAGAUGCCCCUCUCCCCCCCAGCAAAAAAACAUCCUCCAAGGUCAAAAACACUACAAAGACCCCAUCCACCCUAAAAUCACCAACGUCAGAGACCCCGCCAGUCAAGGCUCCACUGAAGGGGGGCACUACUUCAGUCGCCCAGGCUGGUCGCAGUGUCUGUGGGCGCAGUGUGAACCUGCCUCCCGCCGUGGUGAAGCUGCUGGAGGUGGAGGACGGAGCGGUGUGGGAGGGGAAGGAGCGCACGUUUGUCACGGAGGAACGGGCCUCCAUCGCUCUAGCGGCGCUUGCCUCUAUAACGGGUGUUGUAGGGGAAAACUCUGCCUCUCUCCGGAUCAUUAAACGCCGAGCACCGCCCUGCCUCAGCACCCACUGCCGCCUGGGCUGUGUGUGCGCCAGCCUGGCCCAGGAGCGACGCCACAGCCACUGCGGAAAGCCAGAGUGCAUGCUGGGGUGCCACUGUCUGCGCCAUAAAGUGGUUCUUCUCAGGAAGCCCAAGAAAGAGGAGGUGAACGAGGAGAACUCUCCAUCAUCUCAAACCUUGACGGAGGAUGAGGAGAGCUCAAUCAAAACAAAAAGGAAGAAGAAGAAAAAGAAAAAAUCUGUGGCCUAUGUGCUCACAGACCCUCCAGUGACUCCAGAGCCAGCCACUCGUGUGAGAACACUUUGGAACCGUAAAGGUAUAGAGGCUGAUCAAGAUCAGCUGCACAUACCUACUCCAAUCCACCUUCCCUGCCCUCUACGUUAUGGUAUUCAACCAGAUUACGAGGAUAUGGAUGACAAUCUGUGUGAUGAGGGCACGAUGACAUGUGCACGUAUCCGGCCCUUUGAAGCCAAGUCCUCCAAUGAGCCCAGAAGAAAGGAAGAAAACAUCUCUGGGGAGUCGGCAGAUGACUGGACACUGGAGGCAGGGACCGAGAACAGACUGGAGUCAGAGGAGCAUAGUGAACAAGAGGAGAGUGGCCAGGGGGAGGAGCCAGAGCCUGGCGAGUACAUCCACGGCCCCUCCAAGCGCCUGGAGGUUGUGUCCGAAUGCAAGUGGGAGAGACGGACGGACCGCACGUACAUCAUGCGGGUGCUAUGCGAGCACAUGGACAAGGACCGCCUGAAGACGCCCUUCUGGAUUGGCAAAUACCGCAUCCAGCCCAUCUCGCAGAGCGUUGUAGAUGAGGGCCAGGGCCCCUGCGUCAACUACAAGGUGCUCAUCUCCCAGCCACAGCUAGGCUUACUGAAGGACAAGAUCCAGACUCAGCUGGAGACCAAGCCACCGGAGCCUCCCGCAACUAAAGCGGUGCCCAAACCGGAGCAACAGAGGCCAGUUGCCAAGGCCGAACCCAAGGCUGAGCCAAGGGCAGAACCAACGGCAAAGCACAGGAUGAUGGAGCUUUUGCCGAAACUAAGGCCAGAACAAGGCCUCCCCUUUCUGGCCGGUGUGCCUACAGCUGGUCUGCUUAUUGCCCAAUAUAAAGCUGGCGAAGACUUUCCUAUAACAGUGAAUGGAAAAUCAUACCCCAAAGCCAGACUACAGCUUGGUCAUAUGGGAGCCCUUCACCCAGCCAACAGGCUCGCUGCAUACAUCACAGGCCGACUGGACCCUGGGAAUCUACCCGGGCAUAGAAAAGCUCAAGCCCAAGCCCAGGCCACAAACACAGCUAGUGUCACAGUCACGACCCCUGCAAAUGUUGCUUCUGUUAAUACGACGACAUCAGCUCCUACGUCUUCAAAACCCACAGCAACCAAGCCCACUGUGGGAAACGUGUACACCCAGUUUGUGGUCAACCAGCUCUGCUCCCAGCAGCAGAAGCUGCCAUGUGUUCAAAAAAUAGUCUUGUCUUCCAACCCCGUGGUUGUGGUGGGCCAACAUGUUGCAGCCCAGAGCUCCCAAAAAGAACAGACAGGGGGCGCCAAAGGACCUGUCCUCGUCCCUCUGUCCCUAAGCAAACAGGCCCAACAGAAGGGCUCUGUUGGCACCGUGGUGUCCUCAGUCACCACACCUGUUACUACCACUUCCACUGCCACCUUCACUGCCUCUGGAGGCAGCUCAGAUGGGACGCCUCAACUUCACACAGUAGUGAAAAUCCGUCCUCACCCGAAUCUACUAGUGCCCACUUCACCUGCUAGAGCUGUGUCUCCAACAGCAACAGGACCCCGGAACGUUACGGCCCAGAACGUCAGCCGAGUCAUGCUCCAGCCGAUUCGGACCACCUCUGGGGAAACACUCUACCGUAACCCCAAUGGCCAGCUUGUUCAGCUUGUGCCUCUUAGCCAGCUGCGGAACAUCAAACCCAAUUUUGUGCUCAGAGGAGACCAGAAAGCUUUUGUGCGUUUACCAACUCCAGUUGUCCCUGGAGCUGCACCCAGAGGGCCCAUCACAAAUAUUAGUUCCUCAACUCCGACAAACACUUCAGGUGGUACAUAUAUCAUGACCACCGCGACCAGCUCCUCUUCCGUUACGCCUGUCUCAAGUAAAAAGCUAAUACCUACCAGUGCUGUGACCGCAGCGGGUUUAGCUACCAGCCCUUCCCCACCCAAAAUUGCCAAGAUGAUUUCCCUGUCUGGGUCCUCAUCCUUCAACAAAACAGUCUCGCCUAUGUUCAAAGCAGCUCCAGAGUUCUUAGGGAACAUUGGAACCCACACCAUGAGGAUCUUGCCAACCGGUCCUGGAACUCAAGGACCGUCACUGGCCCAGGGGGGAUCUAAAAUGGUUCCGGCCAGUGGAAGUUUCACUUUGCUUCAACCUCCGGGUACCAAGACACCCUCUGCAGCUCUUGGGCCAGAUAGCGUCUUAGCCACAGUAUCAGACAAACCUCCAUUGGUGUUGGUUGUAGACAAACCCAAAACAGUACUUGUGGUGGAAAAACCUGCCACAGAUCCUUUGCUGAGUAAACCUUCACCAGUUCCUGGUUUGGACAAACCUUCAGCAGUGUUGCUGGCAGAUAAAACCAAAGCAGUUUCUGCAAAAGACAAACCGACAACAGAUUCUGGACCUUCAGCUGCGUUGGAGAACUCUCCAGAAGUCCAGAAGCUGUCAGACAAACCUCCAGAGGUCCCAGCAGUCCCUGUUCUGGAAAAGCCCCUAACAACUGUAGUGCCGGAGGAACACUCAGCGUCUCCUGCUACAGACGAAUCUUCGGUCUUAACUUCAGGCGACAAGUCAACCACAGUCCUUUCCUCUGACGAUGCCCCGGGUGUCCCUUUGCAGGACAAAAGCUCGACUGUAGCCAUCCCUGUGUCAGAUAAACCAUCUAAAGACCCGGUGUUGGACAAGCCCCCUGCGGUACCGGUGUCAGAGGGUUCUACAGCUGUCUCUGUGCAGAACAAACAGGACAGCAGUGGCACAGAUGUCACAGCAGAGAGUUCUGUUUGCGCCCCGAUAGUUCUCUCUUCUAAACACAGCUCCUCCAGUGAUUCAAGUUUGACUAGCCCGGUAAAAGCUGAUCAGCUGAAGCCUACCAGUCCUCCCAAGGAUGCUUCACCUGAAGAUAGGAAUACCGCCUCAGCCGAAGCCUUGAAGGGAAACUCUGACACGUCAAAACCCUCUGCCAGUUCUGUUUCUCUCCCAAGCAGCCAUCCGCAGGCUGAUAAAACUGCGCCUGACGGUGAGCCCUUGCUCUUUAAGGAGAUGUUGGAUCUGACUCCUCUAAGCCCCUCUGUGGAUGGAUGUGAGGAAGAAGAAGAGACUGUAGACGUCGAUAGCGAUGACCAUGAGGAAGAGGAGUGCAUUGUUUUAACAGAUGGGAAGCCAAUGAUGGAGGAAGGAGAGAUCGGCUCAGAUGUUGAGGUCCUUGGAGACACUCUCCUCCUGACUGACGACUCCGAUGAGGACUCGGACUCAGAUGAUGAGUCUGUUUGCGUGAUCAGUGAUUCAGGAGAAACUGAAAUGAGUGAUGAUGAGGAUAACACUGUUGACAUCGAGACAGUGGAUGAGUCAACCAUGCCUGUUACUCGAACCAAAAAUAAAGUGAGACGGAGAAGUAUGGUCAAUUUGGAAAGGGCUCGAAGGCUUGAGGGCCACAAAAACAAUGAGAGACAGCGCCGCGAUGUCCUAAGGGACUGUUUCGGUACGAUUAAGGAGUUGCUGCAUCUCGAUGACCCCAAGGCAUCCAAACUCCGCGUUAUCAUGGAGGCCACAAAAGAAAUUCACCAUCUUGAAACCCAGGGAUUUUACUUGCAAAAUGAAAAAGAAGUGCUGACUAAGAAGCAGAAGGUGUACCUGAGGAAGAUCUCUCAGUCCUCAGGGAAGUCUGAGGAGAUGAUUCUGAAAAAGCUACAGGACAUCAGCAGUAGGCAGAAGAUAGUCGAACAACACAGAAAGAGGAAGCAACGCCUCACUGCAUCGUCACUACCGAAAGAGCUAUCGGUUCCUCCACCCGUCCCCAGCUCUGAAACCCCCUCCACCCCCUCUUCCUCCGUCACAGCAGGCCCUGUGCACGGUCCCCGUCCGAAACGUCAGCCUCCCCAACGGCCUGCCCCUCCCCCAACCCACCGGGUUCCUUUGGUACCGUUGCAGCCAGGGAAGCGGACUAAAAUGUUGCCCAACAUCCUCAGUAGGCGGUCUAGAGUUCCUCCAGCAGUACCCCUGCCAGUGCCUCCGCCAGUACCCCCGCCAGUACCACCACCAGUACCCCCGCCAGUACCCCCGCCAGUACCCACUCAGGUGUUCUCAGUCAUGAACCCUCUGUUGCCAGGCCAGCAGAUCAUCACACUGUCCAACCCCCUCCGCUCUCUGGUGCCCGUUGGCCCCCUUUCCAGCCUCCCAGGUCAUCAGUUGUCUACGCCAGGCGUUGCUGCUGUGAGCGUCAGAGUCGCCGCAGUGCCACGGGUCAUCCAGGUAGAGGGCGCUCAUUCCCUGGCUAGGGUGUUAUCUGACCAACCUUCAGAAGUGGACGGCCCAACAGCGAAUGCCAUCGGUCUACCCAAGAUAUUGAAGGUGGUGUCUCUGGCACCUCCUGUGGAGAACUCGGACACGAGUAGUAAUACCACAGCCCAGGAGAAGACGUCAACUGAUCCUGCUGUCGGCUCAUCCCUGGCCACAGUAAGCACACCACCCACUCAGAGUACAGACACACUAGAAGAGGGAGAGGUACCAGAUGGGCCGCUGACCGCAGUCAGGAAACUCAAGGCUCAGCUGAAGGCCUCGGCCGAACUAGGAGGGGAUGAAGAAGAGGAGAGGCAGGAGAAAGCCAAUGACGAGGCGACAAAAGAUGGAGGUGUUGACCCAACACUGAUGUCACUGCUCAAUGAGAUUGUGUUCCUGAACCAGCAGUUGAGCUCUGAUGGGUCCAAGCCAUCCACUCCUUGUCACGCCCCGCAACCAGAACCGGGAGAGGUCCUGGUGGAUCGUCCGGCAGCGCGUGUGGCACUGGACGAUGCCCGCUCCCCCAGCCCCUUGGUCCUCCGCCUGGAUGACGAGGAAGCUGAGACCUCAACCCCCACCAAGUCCACGUCAACUAACACACCAGAGACGGCAGCGAAUGAGCCUAGUGGAGCAGCAGUCGGAUCGGAACCAUCCGUGAAGUUGGUGCCCGCCUCCGGGUCCACCCCUCCACUCACACCUGAGACAAACGGACAGUCUCAACCGAUGGAGUCCAUCGCUGUCAAAGGCGAUGCCUUGGCCCCACCACCUCUACUGCAGAUGAAGGCAGGAAGCGUAGCGCCACCUGUGACCCCGUCGCCCAAAGAGAAGUUGUCAUGGCGACCAAUGCCCAAACUUGUUCCUUUGGGCUUGAAGGGCACACCACAGACGUCUCUAAGUCGGGGAACAGGCUCAUCUCCAUAGACUUUGUCCUUGUUUUUUUGUUUUGGUCGGUAAGCAAUCAGGGAUUCGAUCUUAAACUGAUGUAUAUUUGAGUUGAUAGUUUAGAGUUAAGAGAGACUCUCAUGUUGUGUCUGUGACUUUGCUUUAGUUUGGCUAGUUUUUUUAAACAAGUACUGCCUGAUGUGCCUAUAUGCUAUCCCAAAGAAGUCUUGUUGGUCUUUACUGCAGUAAUAUAUCCUAAAACAGGGAAAACAGGCAAAUCUUAAGAUAAGGAAAAGGUCAAACUUCAAAAUGUAUAGGAAAUACUUGAACCUGCUGCUUUUCUUUUUCGGUUUAGUUUAAAUCUAAAAAAAAAAACAGCUACUAUAUCAUUUUCGUUAGUUUUUCGGUUGUUUUUCCUCUUGUCGGGAAGAGGACAUGCAAUAGUAAAAAAAAAAAGAAGCCUACUGGAGACAUGAGAUGCUCAUACUAAAAUCGUUACGCCUCGGAGAUGGUGGCUGUUCGCAUACCACUUUCUUUGUCUUCUUUCUGAAUAGUCGUAACAGAUUUCUGUAGGUGUGGUGGGGUCCCUCUCCAUAUUGGAGCGGAGACUGUCUUUAAACCAUAAGCAUAGGAGAUAACUGUUAAGUGUUAAGCUAGUUCAAAGAAGAAUGUAAGGUUGGUGGACUGAUUUAGCCUCUGGUGUGGAUCACUGCUCUCCUUCCAGGGUUGGAAGUGACUGUUGUGGUGCCCCUUUGGACUUGAAAAAACAACUGUAGGGGGAGGCUGAAAUAGUUGACCUUUUGUAUGGACAUUUGUUUGUGCAAUGAAAUGUGAAGCGUUAAGACACGCCUAUCUCUUGACACUAAACACAAUCUUUUAUCAUGGUUGUGAGAAACAAAACUAUUAGGCCUUUGAAGAUGGCGACAAUAUUUUAACUGUAAUAAUGCAAUAAUAGUUGUUUUUUUUUUUUUUAGGUUUUUUUUUUAGGUAUAACGUCAUGCCUUUUGUGCUUGUUGAUCUCUUUACACUUAAGUUGCUGGCUCAGAGAGGUGUGGAUUGUCACUCUCAAUGUUUUGGACCGCUGGGGUUUGCGUGUACUAUUUCAAGUUCGCCACUUAGCAUAGGAUUUUAGUCAAGCAAUCUAUCUCUAUAACUGGUUGGUUGAAUUGUCUGUCCUUUCUUUGCUGCCUACUUGGGUAUUAUUGGAAUAUUGUACAAAAUAAUGCACACCUAAAAGUCAUAGGAGCACCAUUUCAAUUUUUCCCCUCACACCCAUACAUUCCCAAAACCAACUGGAGCACAUCAAUACAGUGUGGACUAUUGUAGUUUCACUACAGGACAAAUUCCUUAUGCAAGUCUUUUGUUCAGUUUUCACAGUCCUCAGUUACUACAAACUACAAAGUGCAUUUCUGUGUGUAAAUAUCCAGAGAAGUAUGUUACUGUGAAUACUGCAAGAAGAUUUAGCGUGUACAUUUAGUCAGUUUUUCUAUGUUUAUUGCGUACAAUAAUAACUAUGUAGGUUUCCUCUAUGAAUAAGCCUGAUAUGUCCAGUGUAUAUAAUGUUUGUUUAUACUAAGGAAAAAAAAAAAGACUUUCAUCUGUAAAUGAACAUGGUUGUGUGCUGGUUUUUGUAAGGAGCAUGAGAAUAUUUUUGUAAGAUGUCCAUAUGUAGACAGUGUUACACUGACAGACAGAACCUAAACAAGAACAGAAGUGUCCUUGAUGAGUAAAUAAAGGUGUAUGUUUAACUUGGA